AUGCCGCCGGAGGUGAAUUCAUUCGGUAUAUGGAGAUUACGUGCUGCUGGGCUGAAGCCUUAUCCAAUUCCAACAUUGGAAUUGCAAAUGUUCGUCAUCUUCUUCUUUACCCAACUCUUCCAAUUAAUGCUCAAGCCUUUUCGUCUCCCCAAGUUCACCUCCCAGCUUCUUGCCGGCUUAAUCCUGGGCCCUACAAUGUUGGGAAGACUUGAAAUAGUGAAGGAUUACAUGUUUAGCGUGAACAAUCAAGAAGAAAUUGGUAUGCUGGGUACAUUAGGGUAUUCAUUCUUUAUGUUCCUAAGUGGAGUGAAAAUAGAUAUGGGUAUGAUAAACAGUAGAACAAUGGGAACAAAACCACUAUGGACUGGAACAGCAAGCGUAUUAUUGCCUUUGAUAGUUGGCAGUUUGUACCAAAGCCAGCUCACCAAUCCCGAAUUCGGUCUAAACAGAAGACAAGCCUCUGAACUUCCCUAUGCGAUUGCAGUCCACUGCCUCAGUCCAUUUCCAGUCAUUUCUUCUCUUCUCGAAGAGCUCAAAAUGAUCGGCUCCGAAAUUGGCCGCUUUAGCCUAUCAGCAGCAUUGGUCAGCGAAGUUUACAAUAUCUUUCUUUCAGUUUCUUUCUCUUUGAUGACUAUUCUCAAAGCUAAAGGAUUUACUUAUGCCUUCAUAGCCACAGUAUCAACCGUUGGAUAUAUUCUUCUGGUCGUUUUCGUGUUUCGACCGGCGAUGUUUCGGAUCAUCAGACAAACACCUGAAGGCAGGGCCGUCAAGAAUUCGUAUCUGGGUUUGAUCAUAAUCUUGAUGUUGGCAUCUGGUUUGUUGUCUACUUGCUUUGGUCAGUCUUUUCUUUUUGGACCUCUUAUAUUGGGUAUGGCUAUCCCUGAUGGACCACCAUUAGGAACAGCUAUCAUAGACAAGCUCCAUCUCUUCGUCUUUGAUAUUUAUUUGCCGAUCUUUGUUACAACGUCCUUGUUGAGGGCAGAUUUUUCGCAUCUCCGUUACAAUUUCAAGGAUAAGUUCAUCAAAGCCAAUCAAUCCGUCAUUGCGGUAACUUUUCUCACCAAGUUCUUGGGGUGUAUGAUUCCGCCAUUGCUUUGUAAAAUGCCAUUGGCUGAUACUUUAGCAAUCGCUCUCAUUAUGUGCUCCAAAGGAAUUGUCCAGCUCGCCAACUUUACCUUCGCCAGAGACAAAGAGUUGACCUCAGAGACAGCAUUUACUUUAGAUGUCGGUAGCAUCUUGGUGGCAUCAAUCAUUUUGCCACUCGUGGUGAAGCUUCUCAAUCCUACAAAAAAAUUGACAAAUUACGAGAAAAGGAACAUUAUGUAUUCCUCACCCAAUUCGGAGCUACGAGUACUUGUUUGCAUACACAGACCGGAAAACAUUUCCGGCAUCAUCAAUGUACUGGACGUCUCAUGUUCCAAUACUAGAAGCACCCUUUCGGUUUAUGCUCUUCACCUCAUCGAAUUAAUCGGAAGAGCAUCCCCCGUGCUUCUUUCGCAUCAAUGGGAAAGGAAAUCUCCUUCCCACCUUCUUUCCUACUCCGAAAAGGUAAUCUACCACUUGAAUAAAUUUGAGAAAAGAAACAAGGGUAUUGUUUCUUUAAAUUCCUUUACCAUAAUCUCUCCUUCCAAAUCCAUGGACGAUGACAUUUGCUUGAUGGCCUUGGACAAUCGCACCACCAUUAUUAUACUCCCGUUUCAUCGGAGAUGGUACACCAAUGGCUCCAUAGAAUCAGAUGACAAUACCAUAAGGGCCAUAAAUUGCAGUGUGUUGGAAAUAGCACCAUGCUCGGUCGGAAUCCUUGUCGACCGAGGCAUAAGCAGGCGAGCCUCCAUGGUUGCACCGGAGUCGUACUAUUCAGUGGCUGUGGUAUUUUUGGGUGGUAAAGAUGAUAGGGAAGCCUUGUCAUUGGGGAAAAGAAUGAUAAGCGAGAAGAAGAGUAUACGCCUAACAGUGAUAAUCUUGGCUGCCAUAGAAGAAUUCGGUGAUGUGUAUGAAAAGAUGCUUGAUAUGGAGGUGAUGAGAGAUUUGAAGUUCAGCAAAAAUGCAGGUUUUGAGUGUAUAAGAUUCGUAGAGAAGCGAGUGAACGAUGGACCAGAGAGUGCAAUGGUGCUUAGAUCUAUGGCGGCAGAGUAUGAUUUGAUUAUAAUAGGAAGAGAGCAUGAUGCAAAGUCACCACAGAUCUCAGGGCUAUCGGAAUGGAGUGAAUUUCCUGAGCUUGGCACCAUUGGAGACUUGCUUGCCUCAUUAGAUUUCUAUUGCAAAGCAUCUGUACUUGUGGUGCAACAACAGUAG